AUGGCGAGAGUAGGGUUUACAAGAAGCUUUGUACUGCUAGGGUUUCUCUUCAUGGUCAUGCAUGGCAUGAGAAGCUCCUUAGCACAAGCUCGUCAAGGGUUUCGGUCUAACAACAAUGAUCUUGUUUUGCCCGUGCAUAAGCAGCUUCAUGGGAGUAAUCUUCCAGCUCCUGGCGAGGGCAAACCGGAAAUAGAUGGAAGGAAAAUGAUGAUGCAUCGUGAAGCCCCAAGGAGUGAUGGCGAUGAGAAGAAACAAGUGCAAAAUGGAGGGACUCAUUCAGGGAUUUCAUCAGGAAACGAUGAGCAUUCAUCCAAGAGGUCUCUCAAAAGAGGAGCGGUCCCAUCUAAUAAUCAGAAGACUGGCAUGGGAAUCUCUAGGAGUGAGGGAGCAUUCCACCCUCCAAUGACAGACACUUCUGAUCAAGCCAGCUCGGAUUGUCGUUCCCCAAUGUCUGGCCAGCGCUUCUCUCGAGGAUCAUCUCCAUCACUUGAUCAUCAUCAUUCUCAUCCUCAUCCUCAUCGUCAAACGAAUCCCAUGGAAGCUGAAGCAAGGAGGCUCGCAGAAGCAACAGAGGAUGAGAUUGCGAACUUCAUGCGCAAAGACUACAGAGGCCCUCCCAAGGCCAAGCGCAAGCCCCCCAUCAACAAUCACGAGCCAUCAAAUUGA